AUGGCGCACUCAAACAUUCAUAUGCCCUCUACGUGUCUGCCCGGAGACGGGCGAAGUGCGAUUUCAUCGCGGUGUCCGCCGUGCUUCCCCAAGCACUCUCCGGUCCCCGAUGGACUGAAACAGAAGCUUAACUUUCCAGGGCUUCUGUCUCAGGCGGCGGUAGGACCUUCACAGACAACAGCAGCGUUCGAUGUGUUCGCCUCAGGAGAGUUGGCUGCUCCAGGCAAUGGGUUGCCAGGUGUGCAGCCCGCCAGUCCGAGCCGGUGCACGACGACUGCAAGCGUUGCGCUUCUUCCCGCGUUCCCAGUGAAUAUGCCUCUUACCACCUGUGCAACGGCGCCCGGUGAUGCGUUGAAAACGCAGGCACAUCUUCACUCGACUGUCGAAGAUGAGGCGAUUCCUGCCAGUAUCAGGAGAGAGAUUCCACAGAUCGUGGUUCGCAGGGGGGACGCCCCGACGGACGCCCUCAUGAGGAUUCCAGCGAAUCAAUCCGCAGAGAGCUACUUCCGAGCAUCCAGAGAGUACUCUGACUUUGCUGGAGCUUCUGCCGUUCGUGAAGCUGCGAUGGCAAACUUUCCAAGGCCCCACGUCACCUCGGUUCCGGCUGCGACGAACCUUGCUCUCUUGACUCAGCAGCCAGAUUCGGCAGCCUCGUGCGCGUCUCCGCCUCUCCCUGGAGGACCCGCUGACGCCCCGACCGCUCCGAUGGGAGCCGAGAUCAGGGUCGGCGCGUCAACUGAGAGUCUGCAGCAGCUUCUGUCGAAGCAUCCUCAGCAAGCUCGACUUCUGGCGGCGGUGCUCCAGCGAGAUGGUCAGUCAGGGUCGGCACCAGGGGCGCUCUCGCGGCACCUUUGGGCGGUCGCCGCUGCAGCGGCUGUGCGGGCGUCCCCCGGUCUGGUUCAGCAGCAGUUGCGUCUCCGCUCUCAACUGCUCACCCGCAUGGCGCUCGAACGGUGUGCACAGGGAGAGGCGCCUCGAUGUGCUUCACCUGCUAGCAAGGAGACUCUGCCUGCGUCCAGAGUAGGAAAUGAAGGCUCGGUGAGAGUGGGCAGCGCCCCGCAGAAUUCGCAGGCGCUGCAGAAGCAGAAAGAGUGCCUCGCGCAGUCUGAGGCCCGACUUCAGCGACCCGAGAUCCUCGCUGUGCUCCACAACCGGUCUACCGCUACGUUCCGCUUCGUCCUGAGAGCUCUGGCCGUCCUCGCCGAGUGCUGCCCCCGUUGGGCAGCCACGGCGCCCGCGCCUGCGGCCGCUCCUCUGAAGUCUGCGCACAGAACGGGGGCCCAACUCGUGGGCGGGGAGGUGAUCCUAGACAGAGCCGCGGUCCCUGGCGACAGUUCUACGGGGCGCUGUGGAAGUCAAGUCUUCAGGGGACAGGGGGAAGCGGAGGCGAGCGGUGCAGCUCCUUCCUCGUACAGGUGGCACUGGCUCCACGUUGUGUCGUUCGCUGACAAGCCGGAGCUCCUGACGGUGUACUCGUCUAUACUCGCCCCGUUGGUCUCCUUCGCUUCCUGUUGUCUCCCCCAAGCCUAUCCAGCAGAUAACGCCGCGAGCUUGUCCGCGCGCACCAAAGAGCGACAGGCGCUCUGUGGCUCGAACAGCGCCCUCGUGCUGCUUCAGGUGUUGAGAGAACUGGAUGACCUCCGCUCUCUCCACGAUCCCCUCUUCCUGUCUUCUGGGAUCUACUCCCUGCAGCUUCUUGGGCAGCAGCCUCUGGGCGCAGUGCCUCACCUCGGCGUGUGUGGAGAAGGCUGUCGCGCAGCCAUGAGCGCGGAAGGCGUGUGUGGCCUCGGGCUCCUCCGGCAGAGUCCGCUGUUCCCUAGCUUUCUGGAAGCAGCAAAGGCCCUUCUGGCGUGGCCUGCGCCUGCCGUCGCGGCCGCCGCAGCCAGUCUCCCGCAGAGUAGUCUGCAGAUCAACAGGGAGCGAGCGACUGUAGAGCACUGUGACUCGGCGUCGUUCGUCUGCCGCGAGUGCCGCCAACGGACGGCAGCGGCUGCUUCCCAAGGUUCGGCCUCGAGCGCGAACGAUGCGGAGAAGGUCUCGCUGGUUGCAGCAGCGCGCGGCCUCGCCGAGUGUAUCCUCAAGCACGUCGACCUGAACGCCCUUGACGGAUCUGAGCUGCUUGCUCUUCUUCGUCUCUCUGAGCACCUCAAACCCUCCCUCGAAGCUGCGGUCGAAGAUCGCGCGCCUGUCGCAAAAGCGAAUUCUCUCGUGGCGCUGGCGAGCCGGGAGGGGGAGGCGGCAUUUGCGGUCGCGAACGGCGUUCAAAGUUGCAGCGUCUCGACAAAGACGGCGAUGGAGAGCCAGCAAGAUGACGCGUGCGAGGCCUUCGUCAGUCUGAACAAGCGGGGGGGCGAUGCGGACCGAACGCAAUCGCAGACGCACGACUCCCCGGAGGGCGUGCGCAACGGAAAAGGAGAAGCGAUUUCUCACGGAAAUGGUGACGGCUCGACGCAGGGGUCCCAAGAGAGUGUGUCAGAGUGGACAGUCUCUAGCAGGCGCCACAGCGAGAGCAGCACGGGAAGCGGCCAAACUGUCGGCGCGAUCAGUUCGACGGACACUGACUCAGCUGCUGAGUCUUGCCUGCAUUCUCAGGGCGUGGCUGGGUCGGAAUCUCCGCACGCGUCCGUAAUCUGUGGCAGCAGCGUCCAACCGCAGGAGCAGCCUCCCGCCCACACGCUUCUUUGCUUCUCACCUCUGUUCAGUUUCAAGGACAACGGCGCGGCGUCCUCUUCCGACCUCGCGUCCUGUUCGCCCUUUUCCACUGAGAAACUGGUCACACGCGCGGCUCCGCAGCCGCUGAGCGCUGUGGAGAAGCUGCUCGCAGGUCCCGAUAGCGUGGUGGAUCUCCAAGAGCCUCUCCCCGACAGUCCAGUGUCCUGUAGCCUCAGCAACCUUCUUUGCCCAGGCCCUGGCGCGGACGAUGGCUCUGCGCGCGCCAGCGCGACGGCUAAGGAGAGGGCAUGCGCCGCAGACGGCCCAGAGGCAGCGCCCGUGUAUGAAGGUCUGUACCCUUCCUCGUCUUUCGGCUACUCGUUCAGCCGCCUGUCCUCGCAGGAGCCCCCCGACUUCGCGGCGGCAGAGUUGGGCGUCGCAUCCGGUUUCGCCCCCGUUCCGCUCGAAGAGUCUGCGCUCUCCGGAGUCUGGGCAGUCCACGAGAGCGUCGGUCUUCGGGAUCUUCCGGUUCUCAGCGGUGGGCUCGCUGAAGGCGCUGGAGCCCAGGCCGCGGUCGGGGGUGUCCAGGCCGUCGGGAAGACCGGCUCGCGGCGCCGCAGCGCUCGGCGACAGGGCGCGACGCGCCACUCUGAAAAGCGACCGGAGAAAUUGGCUCGGAUGCCAGCAGCCCAGGGCGCCGCCCGCGCCCAUGACGCUCAGUCGAAGAAGAGAGACUACGGAGUUGCAUCGGGCGGAUCCUGCGACGAGUUCUUGGCUGCCACGUGUGGAGGCGCCGGCGUUCGGGGGAAGCGGGCGAAGACGCAGACGCCGGUUGCGGAAGUCGAGCAGCCCACAAGCCAGGCGUGGUCCGACGCUCCGGAAGCUUCCAGCAGCCUUCCAGAUCUCCUCAGUCGAGGAGGAAGCGCUAACUUGGUGAGCGCGAGCCCAGCGACUCAGGCCUGCCAAGACGAGAAGGCUUCAGGCCGCAAUGCAGCGGGUGCGGCAGGCGCACGUCGACCGGUGGGCGCGGGCGCUUCUCGCGGGCCUGUGGCGAGCACCAGCAGCAGCGUCCGGUCGGCGGUGAAGGGCAUCUACUUUGACAGUUACAAAAAGCUGUGGCGAGUUCAGUGGAACAGCAGCGGCAGCUCAGGCGGAGGCUCGGGAGGCGCCGGCCGGCGUGUGUCACGGUCCUUCAGCUGUGCCCGCCUCGGGUUCGAAGCGGCGAAGGCGCGCGCGAUUGCGUGGAUGCUUUCUGGAGGUCAUGUCGGAGACGGAGCGCUGUCGCCCAACGGCGGUGCCCGAGGGGGCAGCCCCGGGAGCUGCGCGGGGGCUGGAGGCGAUGGCGUCAGCGACGCCACGAGCGAUGGAGGCUCCGGCGCGAGUCAGGCGACACCCGAGCUGCUUGAGAGAGAAGAAAAGGAACGGCUUCUCUUCUCCGAUCCUCGGCUCUUUUUGGAGCGCAUCGAGGCAUUUUAUAUCAAGAACCGACUCUACGGUCUGCAGUGCAGCGGCAACAGUGCCUCCGCGUCCUCGCAAGCCGGUGCCGAGGACUCAUCGCAGGGAUCGGGCGAGUCUGGAGGCACCGGGCACCGCCGAGGAAACGGCGGAUCCGGCGGCCUCCGCAUCGUCUCGGUUCUCUCUCUCGAUGAUAUGCUGGCCAUUCUCAAAGGAACGAAGCGGGGCAUGGGCGACGACGCCAGCGAGCACGCCGAGACAGAAGCGGAAACGGAGGAAGAGGGAACUCGAGUCGGCGAGGAGAGUGAGUCGCUCUGCGAUGCAGGCGCGUGCGAAACGCCUCCGCGCCACGCGCCAUUCCCCCUUGGUGGCGGAUCCCAGGGUAACCAAACAGACUCUCAGCCGAGCAGGAAGAAGCAGAAACGCGGCAAAGCUGCGCCUGCAGCGGCUGGGGCAACUCGGUCGCUUGUCGCUUCGCCUGUGACUUCUCCGUUCGUCCCCGGGCUCUCCGAGGAAAUGGAAAAGCACCUUUUUCGUCUUCUCCCCUCGCUGGCCCCCGCGACCGCCAGGAUUGACGCAGGCCUGCAGGCUUGUCACCCCUUGGACGGAGACGUGGAGAGAACGCUCUCCAACGCGUUGGCCGCUGCGGCUGUCGGCCUUGAGGCAGCCGACAGCGUCGCCUCGCUCGGGGUCAUCCCCGAGGUGAAUGAUGCACAUAUGCAAGUUGUCCCUUCCCUUUCCGGCUAA